CUAAGAAAUUUAUUGUUUAUUUUUCGUCAUUAAAAUUUUGUAAACUGUGAGCUCAGAGUUACAAAAACAUGACUACAACCUCAGAGUCAGACACUUGUGUCUUUCUUUUCGCAAAGGAUAGAUUGGUUGAGGUUGUCCGUCUGAGAAAGGAGGAAAGCUGAAAACCCAGAUCAAGAGCUGAAAGAAGGAGCUGAUCUUGCAAAAUUAAGAGAUGAUAGAUUGGCUGAGGUUGUCCGUCUGAGAAAAAGAGAAUAUUGAAAACUCAGAAGAGCUGAAAGAAGUAGUUGAUCUUGCAAAAUUAAGAGAUUGGUUGAGGUUGUCUGUAUGAGAAAGGGGGACUGCUGGAAACACAGAUCAAGCGCUGAAAGGAGGAGUUCUUCAUGAUCUUGCAAAACUAAGAGGAGGCAGAUUUUGUCUUGUGCUUUUAGAAGGAAAAAAAAAAUACAAAAACAGAAAAACUACUUCUGAAAAAAUGGAUUUCAUUUUGUCAAUCGUGGGAAAAAUAAUAGACUACUCAGUUGGUCCAAUCGGAGAACAGUUUGGCUAUCUUGUUUUGUACAAGAGCAGUAUUGCAACUCUUGAAGAGAAAUUUCAGAAGAUAGUUGAUAAGAACGAGGCAGUGCAACAAUCUGUUAUUGGAGCUCGAAGGAAUCAGGAAGUAGUUGCAAGUGAAGUUAAGACCUGGCUAACAAGUGUGGAGAAAAAAAUUGAAGAAAUCCAGAAAUUCCUUGAAGUAGAUGUCAAAGCUAAUACGAAGUGCUUGAAUGGUUGGUGUCCUGAUUUGAAGCUACGUUAUUCCUUGGGUAAGAAAGCUCAAAAGAAUACUCGAGCUAUCGUUAAGUUACUAGACGAAGAAGGUGGAAAAUAUGAUAGGGUGUACAACCCUGCACCUCCAAGGGAAGUAAGAUCAUCAUCUACAGAUCAAUGGUUUAAGGAUUUUGAAUCACGAAAAUCAACAGUUCAAAAUGUUUUGAAUGAUCUAAAGAAUGAAGAUAUCGACAUGAUUGCAUUAUGGGGUAUGGGAGGGAUCGGCAAGACAGAAAUGGCCAAAGAGAUUGAAAGAAGAGUGAAAUCUGAAAAUUUAUUCCAUAAAGUUGCCUUUGCAACGGUGUCUCAAAGUCCAAGUUUGACAAAGAUUCAAGACGAACUUGUAGACUCGCUAGAUACGAGACUUCAAGCAGAGUUUUUACAUAGAAGAGCAAAUGAAUUAUAUUCAAUAUUGACUGAGAAUAAGAAUGAGAAUGUUCUUGUGAUAUUGGAUGAUGUUUGGGAACCACUUAAUCUUGAGGAUAUUGGAGUUUACCAUGCAGCUAAAGAAAAGAGUUGCAAAAUCUUGUUGACGACAAGAAACAAAGAAAGUUGCAAUGGGAUGAGGAUUCAACCGAAGAUUUUUCCAGUUGAACUUUUAUCUGAGGAAGAAGCGUGGAAUCUUUUCAAAGAAUUGGCUGGUGAUUGUAUCAAUUCCUCUGAUCUAAUCUCAAUGGCAAAAGAAGUUGCGAAGGAAUGCGCACGUUUACCCCUUGCCAUUGUGAUAGUUGGACGUCUUCUUAGCAACAAAAGCGACAAAAAUGAGUGGAAAGCCGCACUUCAACAACUUAAAAUGUCUAGGCCACUAGAUAUCAAUGGUCUGCAUUCAAAGGUAUAUUCCAGCAUAGAGCUCAGUUACAACUAUUUAAAAAGUGAUGAAGCCAAAUCAUGCUUUUUGCUAUGUUGUUUGUAUCCUGAAGAUCAUGAUGUUCCGAUUGAACAUUUAGUCAGGUAUGGAGUUGCAAAACGGUUUUCUAAAGGCUUGGAUACUGUGGAAGAAACAAGAGUAUAUGUACACGCAAUAGUUAAGAAUCUUAGAAGAUUAUAUCUCUUGUUAAAUAGCUACAAGGUCGAAUGCAUCAAAAUGCAUGAUGUUGUACGAGAUGUUGCCAUAUCAAUUGCAUCCAAAGAAGAAAAUGGUUUUAUGGUAAAGUUGGACAAAGGACUCCAAGAUUGGCCACCGACGGAUAGAUCAUAUGAUAGUUACACCGCAAUUUCUCUUUUACUUGAAGAAAUGAAAGGGCAUCCUACUGAGUUGAAGUGUCCCAAACUUCAGCUUUUGCAACUAUCAUGUUUAAACCAUUCAAAAACGUUCCCAGACAAUUUCUUUAACGGCAUGAAGGAGCUGGAGAUGUUGUCUAUGAAAAAAGGUUGCUUCUCCUCAACAUCUUUGCCACUAUCAAUCAAGAUCCUCAAGAACCUUCGAAUGCUGAAUCUGCAAAGUUGUCGCUUAGGAGAUGUGUCGGCAAUUGGAACUCUUGGAAACCUAGAAAUUCUAGGCUUUCCUAAUUCAGAGAUUGAGGAAUUGCCGUUGGAAAUAGGAAAGCUUAGUCGAUUAAAAUUACUGGAUAUGAGGGGAUGUGAUUCUCUAAAAAGAAUUGCAGCUGGUGUAUUAUCUGGUUUAUCUCGACUAGAAGAAUUAUACGUGGGAGGAUUCAAGAAUUGGGGAUAUACGACUACGAUGGAGGGAAAUGGAGAAGUAACAAAUAAUAAUGCAAGCCUUGCUGAACUAAUACAUUAUUCCAGUCAACUGGUGGUUUUAGAAAUCAGUGUACCAAGUAUCUUGUGCUUGCCAAAAGAUUUGCACUUCAGUCACUCCGAUUUCAGAUUUCAUAUAGAGAUUGGUGGUAUAUCUUAUGCUAGGGGAGUUGAGAGAUAUUUAUUUGAAAAUACUUUGGGACUCAAAAUGGAGGAUGCAAGUGAUCUUGAGGAACACCAAACAAUUCGUUCACUAUUGAAGAAAGCUGUAGUUUUGCAGUUGGAUAUUGCAAAAAAUUCAAAACACAUUCGGUUUGAGAAAGAGCAAAAAGGAAUUGGCUUACCAAGGCACAUUGGCAUAUAUAAUUCCACGGAUUCAGUUGAGAUUACAUUGACAAAGCAAGAUCAGAAGGAAAAUGUGAGUGAGACUGAAAAUCAAACGAAGAUGUUGUCUCUGUUUCCACACAACUUGGUUGAAAGUUUGGAAAAUCUACAACAACUUCUUGCAGUUCGAUGUGAUUCAUUGGAAGUGAUAUUUGAACUUGAGGGGCUAAAUGCUGAAGAAAGCAAUAUCUUCAAUAACUUGACAAAGUUGGAAUUAAGGUAUUUACCGAAGCUGUUGCAUAUAUGGAAGAAAGGCCCACGGGAAAUUAAGGGAUUCAAUUACUUGAGACGUCUAGAAGUAUGGACAUGUAAUAGUUUGAAAUGUUUAUUCACACCAUCCAUAGCAAAACUUCUUGUGAAAUUAGAGCGCAUAGCCGUAUCUCAUUGCAAUGAAAUGGAAGAAAUCCUUGCAAAAGAACCGGGAGAUGAAGAGAAUAGAGAUGUGAUUGCAUUUCCUCUAGUGAAGGUCCUCACUCUCCAGCAUUUACCAAAGUUGGAAUGUUUUUACACCGAAGAUAAUCAUGCUUUUGAAUGGUCAUCUCUGGAAAUAAUACAAAUAAAUGGAUGCCCCAAAUUAAAAAUGUUUGUUUCAACAAGUACAAAAACACCUAAGCUAAAGGGAGUGCGUACGGGAUACAAAGUUGUUCAACCAAUGGUAGAAGGAGACCUCAAUGCCACCAUACAACACAUCAUCAAGGAAAAGAUAUCUUAGAUUUCUGAUCUUCUCAAUAUCUUGGUCGGCAGUCUUGGUCCUCUUUACGAGGUACUACUCAGAACACCCUUUGUGGCUGGUCGACAUUGCUGAAACUCUUUGAAAACUGUGUUUUGUGAUGCUAUUAUGUGUUGUUGGAAUUGCAAAUUUUAUGUGGAUGGUUUUUGUAACUUAGUAUAUGGAUGAUUUUUGCAACCUGGUAUGAUAGAUCUGAGUUUUUUUAUUUAGCAUAAAAGAUGUGUGUAUUGUACGAAUUGGGUUGUAAUCUGGGUGUUUCUUUUUGUGCUGUUGUUAUGUGUUGUUGACGUGAGCACAAGUAUGUUGCUAGACAUGGUAAUUUCUUGUUGGAAGUGCAGAUUUGUGUAGGUGUUUUUUGUAACUAGUAUGUUGCUGUAAUUGAUAGAUGAAAGUUUGCGAAGAAAUUUUGGUAAAAGAAUAUAAUUUGAUGGAAAAUGUAGAUAUUUGGUUAGUAA